AUGGAUGAUACCUUAAACUUUUUGUCUAAUGUUCAGCCGCCGAAAAGAAGGUCUGGUGGAAGGAAGGCUGCCGAAACAUCUUCUAAAAUUCCUAAACUAGUCAAUGGUAAGUAUUUCGAUUUUGUUUUUGUCUUUUUAAGUUGCUUUACAAUUAAAACUGUUAGUAAAUGGGUAUUUACUAUAUGAAAGUUGUCAAUUUUAUUCUGGUUUUAUUCUAUUUUACUAAAGCUUCUUGUUAUAGUGCCGAAGAGGAACGUUGUAGUACUGGUCGGUUGGAGACUUCAAUUUAGAUGGGUGGUUCAAGGUGCUAUUUUUCCAAAUUUUGCACUUUUGGUCGAAGGUUUGAGGACAGAUACUGGAGCUCAAUGGACAAGCAGUGAAAUUAGUAAAGUUGUGCCACCUUGUCAACUUUAUACUCAAAACACUAUCUACGAGAUUAGAGGUUCAAUUGACAAGGAGAAAUUGGUUCAGCGUAAGAUUUGUAUUAUUUUAGGUAUAAUAAGGUUAUCUUGUUUUAGAUUUUGAGUUUCAUAAUACGGUUUUUAAAAGAGAUUAUUGUUUGGCUUAGAAAUAGGAUUUUAUACUUAAAAUUUAUUGUGACUUGUCGUUUUAUAAAUGUUUGAAACUUAAUGUUGAUGUUUUAGGUGGAUUUGAUGUGGAAUUUAUUAAUAAGUUUAAACUGGGGUUUCCUGUUAAUUGGAAGGAAGAAAUUACUAUCUACGUCAAAGCAUUGUAAGUUUUUAACUGUUUUUUUUAUGUUUAAAAACAUUAAACUUGAAAGCAAGGUUUACUUAGCUUUUUUAAUAUUUUAGGUAUUAAUAUUAUAAAAAUUUACCAUUUUACACUUUAUAAUCUAUUUUUAGGUUGUCAGCGGUAGCAGAUGUUAAGAAGUCACGUCAAGAAGAAGCAUUUGCUCCUAAUGAUGCUGAUGUAACAGUGGAGGACGAAGAUAAUAUUGAAACUGACAAAAAUUCAGAAAUGACAAAAGAAACGAUUGACACUGAUAUGACGGACUUUGUUGAAAUUCACAAAAGAACCGACAUCGACAACAAUGUUAGUACACAAAGAGGUAGCAGUAGUACGAGAAGUCAAGUUAAAUCUAGCGCUAGGAAUGGAAAUAGAUCUGAUGCCAGAUAUGAAGGUAGAUUUAGUACCAAAAACGUCGAUGUAGACAGAACGCUUGAUUUUGACAACAAUAGUGAAGUUAGUGUUGAUGUUGAGCAAAAUGGCGUCAGAACUAGAGGUGAAAAUGUGAUAGCGGAUAAUAAUUUGGAUACAAGUGAUAAUGAAGAUGAUACGUUGAGAGAACUGGAUGAAUCAGAUGUAAAAGAUGAUGAUGAGGCUAAAAGCGAUGAUUCUUUUGAAGUUGCUAUUCCAUCAGAUUGGUCAGAGGGAGAAGAUGAGGCAGAGGAGCAGGAAGACAAAAGUGACAUCAGUGAAAUAAGUGAAAUUAGUGUAGGACGACAGGGAUUGGUACGAUUUUAAAACUUUUUGUAUUUUUAGGUAAUAAAUGGGACUUUAAAUGUACUUUUAAGAAGUGACUAUAAGCAGGGACGUCGUUUGGGGGAGGGGAUAGGGGGUGGUACCCCCUUCCUCAGAGCAGAUCCGAAAAAAAUUCCACAGACUUGUACGCGAAAAAACGAAAAAAGAAUUUUUAGAAAAAUCGGUCCACAGGUAGCUGUGGACGAAAAAUUUUUUUUCGCCUUUUCCCUCCCCCAGAGGAAAUCCGUAGCGACGUCCCUGACUAUAAGAGUUUACGUUUUUUAAAAAUAUCAGUAAAUCAAUGAUGUUAUUUUAUCUUCUAAUGGUACAAGAAGAAUUUUUAAAUAAAAACUUUUUAAUAUCGAAAUUUCAGCCUUCACAACCCGAAUCUGCACUCUUAUCAAGAAGACAAUCACAGUACUCUCGUCGUAUGUCUAAAGCACCAGAUAUGGCGGUAAUAGAAGAAGAGAACAGUAAUGAUCUAGGAGAAACUCGAUCAUCUAAAAACACUACUAGGAGGACCAGUAAAAACAACACUAGAAGGUCAAGUCAGGCAAAUAUGACAGAUUCAUUUGAUUUACCAGACCUUCAGCGAAGUAAACGUGGUCGUCUCCUGAAGCCAAGGCUAGGAGCUGGAGAACGAAUUGUCUAUGAUAAGGAUGGUGAUAUUGUGGAGAUUCGUCAGAAUACGACGAGAACUCACUUGAAUCCCACGGCUAGUCAGAGUAUUGUAAGUUUGUUUGCCAUUGAAAGGGUUGGUAAUUUUAGAUUUUCUAAGUUAAAAUACGGUCGGUAGCUUAUUUUGCUUAUUAUUUUUGUGUCACUGUUACAUUCAGUGCUAAUAAUGUUAUAAUUGUCUCAAAAAUAGAAGACUAAAAGGGAGUCAGCCAUAAAAAAUUGAUUUUUAAAAUUUGAAAAAUUUGUUAUUGAAAAGUUUUAUUUUUUCUUUUCAACGUUUAUUUUUACGUUUUUUUUAGUUUGCGAUUGCCAAAAGCCUUGGAAUGGAAGCUCCAGACUCCCCAUCACAAAAAGAAAGACGUCUCAGCAAUAUUACCCAAAAGUCUCAAAAACGACGACGAUCCUCGACUGCAGGCAAAAGAAAACCUCUAGUGGAAUAUGACAGUGAAGAUGACUACAAGUCUUUGGAUGAAAUGUCAUUGGACGAACCACAAGCCGAACCAACACCUUUACCAUGUAGAAAACCCGCCAGAAGACGAUUAAUGAGCGAUUCAGAAGACGAGGAAGUUGAGGAAGAACAGAAAGAGAAUAGAAAGAGCAAGAGGGUAAAGACGAUUCAGAAGCCAAAGAAACAGAGUCCCAAGAAGACGGCCAAGAAGACUACGCCGAAGAACAAGAAGAGUGUGAAGAGUAAAAGCAAACCUACUUCGGCUGCUACAAGGUCAAGUGCUAGGAAGAAGAAGAGUGCGGAGUUGGAUGAAAGUUCACAGGGUAAGGAUAAUAUUAGAUGAAUUUUGGAAUUAAUUUGAGGGUUUUUAUAUUUUGGGUAACAUUUUAUAAAAUUUUUGGAUUUAAAUUUGUUUUUGAAAAGUUUGGGUAACAUUUUACAUACCUUUCGUCAUUUUAAAUUUCUUUUUGAGAUUUAGGUAACAUUUUAUAAAUUUUACUUGUUUCUAUGUUUUAGGUAAUAUUUUUAACACUAAUUUUUAUUUUUUAGCCGGAACAUCAAAGGAACAACUCGAAUCCGAGCCCACAACUCCUGUAGCCACUCCUAAAAAGCGGAAAGCAACCUGGAACCUUGAUUAUAAGGAAAGACUCAAAGGUCUGGUCAAGAUGUUCAACCCUUCAACUGUCAGAGAUUGGGAAAUCAUAAGCGAAAACUUUGAAGGCGCUUUCACGGCCGAUGAAUGUAAGGAACAGGCAGCGAAGAUGAAGAUUCAGAAGAAGAACAAAGAUGAUCUAAAUGAAUCACAAAUCGAUCUGAAUCCGGUCAUGAAUGUCUUCGCAGAACUGAACAAUGCAAACUUAAAGGAGAGGGGUACUUUGAGGUAUCAGAAGAAGGAGAAUGAAGCCACAAACAUGUUCUUUAAACAAGUACAGAAGAUCAGGAAGGCAGAGGAGAAGAAGGAUCUGAAUUGUAGUCAGGACAGCAUGGAUGAAAUUGUAAGGAGGCGUGUUUUGGGGAGGGUUUUUAUAAAAUUUAUUAGUUUGUUCAAAUAAUUCUGUGCCUUCGAAAACAUUUAAAAAUUUUAAGAAGGGGCACAUGAUAAUGAUUUUUGGAGAAAAUUUGUAUUUUUAGGUAAUAAGUUAAAGUAAAAUGAAUUUUAGGUAAUAAAUUAUGGAAAAAAGGUUUUUCAAGGAAAAACUUUAGAUAAAAAAGUAUUUUUAGGUAAUAAUGCUGAAUUGAAACCAUAUUUAAAAAAUUUUCAAAUUGUGAUUGAUUUUUAUGACACUUUCUUUUAUUUUUUUUGCUUUUCAGAUGGCUGACAUUGCGAGAGAUUAUCGACCUCCAGUUACUGCACCAACAGCUAAAUUCACACCGAAUCGACGACAAUAUGUACCAAUCCCAGUAGCUUACGAUAGAAGAAAGAGCUCCAUAGCGCCGAUUGAUGACAGUUUUGAUUUGCCCGACUGGUAUGUUAUAACAACUUGUAUUAUCUAUAACUUGGAGUUUUUGAAAUUAUGAGUUUUAAAGGAACUUUUAUUGAAAAGUCAUUGCUUUUGGCAGGGACGUCGUUUGGGGGGAGGGGGUGGUUCGGGGUGACUCCCCCCCCCCAGAGCCGAUCCGAAAAAAAAUCCACAGGUAGGUUGUACGCGGAAAAACGAAAAAAAAAUUUUUUGAAAAAUCGGUCCCAAAAAAAAUUUUUCGACCUCCCCCCCCCCCCAGAGAAAAACCGUAGCGGCGUCCCUGGCUUUUGGUAUAUUAUAAAAUUUUUAGGUUUCUUUUUGAAACCUCUUGUAUAAAUACGUCGUUAUGAAGACUUUUUCAGUAAAUAUGUCGUUAUGACGAAUUUUUAUAAACCUUAUAUUAUUAUACUUAAUAUUAUGGCAUUUUCAGGUCGAAUCGCGUAAAAACCAAGUUCCGAUUGCGAAAUUAA